UCUUCUCUCUGCUCGCUUUUGUCUGAAUCGCUGGAACUGACAGGAACCACAUGCGCCAAUAACGCGGAGAAAAGCUGAUUUUAGAUGAGCUGACGGUAAAGGCGACAUCUCUGUGGGGUUUUGAUGCAAAACAGGAUGUGACAUCAGCAGCCUUCGCGACUUCUGCUCGAGCGGUUUGGGCAUGAAUGAGGAGCCCCACCCUCAUUCGCCCGGCUGACCAAUCAGAAUGUUCGAGGUGAAGCCCAUGAGUGUGGAGAAGAAGGACACGGCUGCGGGAACAGAUGAGGGGAGUAAGGUGUGUGACGGGGGUGUCAGCGGGUGUGGAGGGGAUUCGCUGUAUCUUUACGAGGGUCAGGAUUGGGUCAUUUCUCCAUCCUGCUCUCCAGACGAGCCCAGCGCCAUCUCACCAAUGCUGGCUGAGGAAACCUUCCGCUACAUGACAUUUCUAGCUGUCGGUUCCUCUUAUCCCCAAAAUGGCUCUAACAGCCUCUCUAAAGUCCUCAGUGCUGACCGGGUGGAGCAGAUGACAAAGACCUACAAUGACAUUGACGUGGUCACACACCUCCUGUCUGAAAGGGAUCGCGACCUGGAAUUGGCCGCACGGAUUGGUCAGUCUCUCCUGCAGAGAAACCAUGUGCUGCAGGAGCGAAACGAGUCUCUGGAGGAGCAGCUGGCACAGGCUCUAGAUCAGGUUCAUCAGCUUCAGCACGAGUUGGCAAAGAAGGAUGAGCUCCUGCGUAUGGUUGCGAGCGCCAGUGAGGAGAGCGAGACGGACUCCAGCUGCUCCACACCACUGCGACACCCGGUGCCUGCAGGAGCCGCUCUCGCCCUAAGCCAGCUGGAGGCCCUUCAGUCCAAACUGCAGGAUCUGGAGGAGGAGAACCUCACCCUCAGAUCAGAGGCUUGUCACCUGAAGAAAGAGACCAUCACGUAUGAGGAGAAAGAACAGCAGCUGGUGAACGACUGCGUUAAAGAGCUGCGCGAGUGCAACAGUCAGAUGGUGUCUCUGACGGAUGAGCUCUCCCGGAAGAAUGAGGAUUUAAUAAGACACCAGGAGGAGAUCGCACAACUCCUGUCACAGAUCGUAGAGCUCCAGCACAGAGUCAAAGAGUUGGCGCUGGAGAAAGAAGAGCUGCGAAUUCACCUUCAGGCCUCAAAAGAAGCACAACGUCAGCUUACCAAUGAGCUAAAGGAGCUGUCGGACAGGAAUGCCGAGUGUGUAGGGAUGUUACAGGAGUCUCAGGAGGAGAUUAAGGAUCUGCGCAGUAAGAACACUCCAUCUGCAGGCCUGCGCAGACACACGUCUUACGGACUCUAUCCUAUAGAUUCUUUGGCAGCUGAGAUUGAAGGUACCAUGAGGAGAGAGAUGAGCGUAGAAGAAGAAAUCGCCUUUGAGGACCAGAGGUCGUCCCAGAAGCGUGUGUUCCAGACGGUGCGCUCCGUCAAUCAGUCUGUGAUAAGAGCAGCUGCUGCAGGAUCUCCUAUACCCGGCAGCAGUGUGAUCAUGACCCCGGUGCCCUAUCAGUCACACACACACAACACUCCAGAUGAGGACACCAGCAGAGGGAGGGAGAGCUCCCGUCUGGGUCAGCCCGGCUCUCCAGGAGGAAGUGCUUUAACAUCAGCGCUAAACCGUCUGUCCCUGCGGAGACAGAACUUCCUGUGCGAGCGUCAGUUCUUCCAGGCCGAGCGGGAGCGGAAGCUGCAGGAUCUGACGGCCGCAGAGUCAGAGGGAGGAGCCAGUGGCUGCAGCUCACCAAUAGGAAGCACCGUCUCGUCCUUCACCAACCUAUCAGAAUUCUCCAUCUCCUCCAGCUGCUUCAAGACCUUUCUGCCUGAAAAACUGCAGAUCGUUAAACCAAUGGAGGGCUCUCUGACUCUUCAUCACUGGCAGCAGCUGGCCAAACCCCACCUGGCCACCAUUCUAGACCCCCAUCCAGGUGUGGUCACCAAAGGCUUCCGUCCGCUCCCUCAGGACAGCGUCUACCAUCUGACUGACCUGGAAGAAGACGAAGACCAGGAGAAACUAUUAUGGGAACAGAAGAGAAAGAUGGAGGAGCCCCGGGACACAAAGACAAAAGAGGAAGACGAGGAGGAGGAAGAGGGAAUAACCUUUCAUGUGCAUUCCUCAUCCACUCCGGAGGAGAAGAGGCGUUUCCAAAGCCCAGCCAAUGUCCCUCCACUUCCUGCAUCCCUCAGGAAUUCACCUGUGCACAUAGCCACCGCUGUUUCGUUGGCGACAGCAGUCAAUCAGUCCUCCAGCCUAGCUCCUGCAGUCAGUUCUAGACUCUCAGCAUCAGAAGCUCCACAUCUACAACUCAACCUCUCAACUAAAGCGCCCUCUACUGCUAUGAAUCCUGGGAAAUAUCAGAGCUCCACUUUUUCCACCUACACCUUCACCACCUGCCGGAUCCUGCAUCCCAGUGACAGCACACAGGUUACACCCAGCUCUGUCUGCAGUCCCUCAGUCAGUGAUUACACCCCGAGUUCCCUCCGCACUGGUCCCAGUACACCAGUGACUCCCUGCAGGCUGAGUCUGGGUGACUCUUUCCCCAUCCGCCGCCCUGCAGCGCCCCCUGGUGGACUGGCCAAACUCCUGCUGGAGAAGGGCAUCUCUGCUCAGGGUCCUGCUCCUGUGGCGGCUCCUAAAAAGCCUCUUUCUCUCCGUCUUCUUCCCAGCACUCCUCCAAACUCCCCUUCUCAUUCCCCAUGCCCUUCGCCAGUGCCCUUUGACCCCCGAUCCACAUCCUCAGACAACUUCCUAGCAUCCCGUCCUGCUGAGCUCUUCCUGCAAGACGUUUAUGGGCUGAAACUGGGUCGCGCCCCAAGACCAGAUCUCCUCAGCCCUCAAAACCAGUCAACCAAAGCUGAGACCCACAGCGUCAACCUUGUGGAGCAUCUGCGAAAGCUUGGUUUGGAUAAAAAAGUGCUGCAAGGGUCUGAAACCAAUGACGGCCAUGCACAGGAAUCUGCCACUUUCUUAGCAACAGGAGGGGGAAGCUUAUUGGAUGGCCUUCGGCGAAAUCAAAGCCUCCCGGUUAUGGUGGGCCGCCGAAGCGCAUCCGCCUCCAGUCCGUCCUGUCCUGCCCCGCCCCCUCACCCGACGUCAUUGGCCUUGCCCACUCCGCCAUGGGGGAAUCUAAAUGAACCACGCCGCACACGUAGACACGCCUCCCUUUCUCAGGCUCCGCCCCCACAUCAUAAUUCAUAAGUGUGGCUGUGGCUCAAGCCAACAGAAAGUUAAUGCCAAUGACUUUAUAUCAAUGGUAAUGUCGACUGACAGAAAAAGAGGCUGAAAGACAUUCAAGGUUGUUUUUAAAGCACAAAAAUGAAGUAAAAGUGUCUUCUAGUUAUGGUUUUGUUCAAAUUAGGGCUGGGAAAAGAUUAAUCAUGAUUAAUUACAUCAAAUAUAAAUGUUUGUUUUUAUAUAAU